UGCAGGAAGAGCUGUGGAUGUGGCAUGCUCACUGAUAAUUUCAAGCAAGGUGUCCCGGCCUUUCAGUGUGUUAUCUCCUCCUUCUGAUGAGGCAGAUUUCACCUCCAAAUACGUAAAGGCAUGCAUUCUCGCAAACACGUGAACGACUGCACACUCACAUCCACGAGAUGCCCCGGUGGGCAGCUCAUUAUAUCAUUUCAGUAACAGUGUGAGGGGGUGGAUCGAUCGCUACAUUAAACAUUAAGAGGGGACAGCUAUAUUGGGGGCCGAGGGAUUGAGAGUCGAGAGUCAAUAUUGUUCCAGAUUAAUUACAUCCACCUCUCGCCUGUGACGGGAUGUCCCUCUCAUGGCACGUCCCAAGACAGGAAUGUAUUGUAUCGCCUGCACUAAACAGCAAUAAGGCUCCAAGAUUUAUGGCUGUUCAAUGGCCAUUUAUAAAAAGCCAGCGCUGCACAAUUGAAAGUGAAGUGGACAAUAGGGAAAACAUAUGAUUUCAGAAGAUUUACCAAUUAAAUUCUGAUCCCCUGAUACUUUAUUUUCUCUCCCUCGUACUCAGUUUUUCCCAUUUCUCUUAUAACGAGAGCAAUAUCAAUACAAAUUGAUCCAGUUCACUGAGGAUUCAAGGUUGUACUGUAGGAGGAAUUCUGGGGGAAGAAAUCUAAGUUUAGUUGUUAAGACAACAAUUACACCCCUUUCAAAAAAUAUUGUUUCGAUUUCAAAAAAUGGGAAGUGAUACUAUGAUGCUUGCAAAACUGUAGCGUCACUGUUGUUCCCAUGUUUAGUGUCAUUUAGAUCUACAUCCUGUUAGCCAAUGCAACAUAGUGCACCAGAGGCGUUCCAACGGCCAACAAAGUCCAGAAAACAUUUGUCAGAAGUGCCACUGUGCUAUCCAAAGAAAUCAUCUCUCCGCCCUACUGAUACUAUAGUACUUUCCAUCAAUCUCGUUAGGCUUGUUUGGCAGCUAUCUGACAACCGUUCUUUAAAUAUUCAAGUAGCCUGAACCAUUAUCAGAUGAGAGAAGAUGAUCUGUAAAUCUGAUAAAGCAGACACUAAUGGAGCCAACACUCCUGGGCCUCCCCCGAGCAGACAGACAGCGAAGCCACUCCUGAGCCCGUUGGCUCCCAGAGACGAGGGUGAGUUCGUCUUCCUGAUUGUGCAGCGGCCUUAAAAGCAUGCACACAUGCCCAACACAUGUUUCCAUGCACCACUGGACAGGCUCGAAACGGUCUGGAUCACAUUGGUUCGCCUAGCCUCUCUCGCUCUCUUUUUGCUCUCACUCUUGCACAUUUUCACACAUAAGUAGAAACUUGGCCAAAGUCAGUACCAUGUUGUGACCAGAUUUUGACUUUUUAAACUUCUAUUUUUUUCCCCCUUUAAGGUUUUUGACGUGCACUAGAUAAAGACAAGUAAUUUAUGGAGUCAAAUGUUACAAUCUUGUGUUCUUAAAUACAUGUGGAAGACACUCAUUUUAGCUAUAGUUAUAGCUUGUCUUUGAUAAAUGAGAUUUAGGUGAUUUUUAAGAUUUGCCCUUGGUGCUCUAUUUCACAAUUAUUGGGCACUUUUGACUCUUAAAAUGCACAUGAACAAUGCAGCCCUAAACUGGGAAAAAUGAACAAGGAAAAGAAUUGAAAUUCAUGAUAUAUUUAAGUGUGUGAUGUAAUGCAUGAUACAGUGUGUGUUCUAUGCUAUCAGUAUGGAAGCUAAUAGUUCUUUAACACAUAAGAUGUAUAUAUUUUCUACAAAAAGAUGUACUUUAAUUUUUAAAUAUCAUUACAAAAUUUAGUUUAGUGAAACGGUAAGAAAGAUAAUUAAACAAGGUUCCUGCAAUUGUUACUAAUAUGAUUGCUUAUAAUAAUAUGGCACCUAUGAUUUAAAAAAAUGUGUUCUAGCUGGUAGCACCUGUAUAAGGAUGGGUCAUUCAUAUUCAUUGAUCAUGGUUCAUUUUUACUGGAUAAACUGAUGUAAAUUUCAAUUCAUCCAUCUGAACUUUACACAGAAGCAAACUACUUCUGUUCUAUUUGUCCAAAAAGUGAAUUUCUUACCGCAAAUUACUUUUGCCCUUGAAUCUCUGCAGAAAGAAAGUAACGCAGCAUUUCCACAAGCAGAGAGGGAAUCCUAAUGAGCAUGUGCAAUCACACUAGCUCGUUUUUGGACUGAGGAAUUGCAUGUUAGCGCUAUCCCUGGUCUCCAUAUGUACAUCGACUUGACCGUUUUUUUGACCAUGACAAAUGGUGUAAAAAUUGAAAGAAGUAAUGCAAUAAAGCAUUUGUUUCUCUGUUUACUAGGCCAAAACAUUCACUUCAACAUGCGGUAUUAGUCAUUUAAUAUGAAGCUCAAAAAUCAGGUACACAGCUGCGAUCUAUUUAUUUUUAUCUGUUUAGUGUUUAAAAAAGAGAACCCACACAAAACAAACUAUAUAAACUUAGAAUUAGACCAUAAGCUUGGUCUCGCAAAGUAAAAUCCACCAGUCUGUGCAAAACUUUGACUGUCAACACAUGCAUUAUAGGUUUGAUGUAACCUACACUUUAAAUGCUUUUAGAUUCUUUUAUACUGUGCCAGGCAUUCUCCUAUUAUGUCUCCACCACAAUGUAUUCACUAAGCAAAUAACGUGAUUCACAGCCUCUGUAAAUCAAUAACUUCCUUUUUAACCUUUAAAACCAUCGUGGCAUAAUUGGCAUCCUUGUUAUUAUUGAUCACUCACCACAAGAGAUCAAUUGGAAAGAGUGGGAGACCAGGUGUAGGCCAUCUUUGCAGCUUGCUUUUAACGUGGCUGUGCAGCACGCUGAGGCCACGUGUCAUUCGUUCUGCACAUGUACAGCACAUUUCAUGUGAGACGGGAACCAGAUCUCCAGAUAACCUCGAGAAGAUCCCUCCAAGAGUCCGACUUGAAUCUUAUUUGUAUGAUUGGACGCAUUAAGUGUGUAUUUACGUUAAGCUUCACAAGUUCCUCGCUUUAGCAAGAUCCAGUCACCCUGUUUGACACCGAGGCUGAUGUCCAAUGAGUUAUUGUGAGCGAGGCUGUCGUGUGCUGCAGACUUCCAGAGGCUUAGCACUUGGCCAAGCAGCAUAUAAACAUCCAACGUAAGACUCUCCAGAUGCACUCCUGUCUUCAGAUUGGAUUUCCCUACACUAGAGCCUUUAAUGGUAGGAAAUAAUCUGUCCAAAAUAAGAUGGAAGAGUUCAUAGCCAGGUCUCGUCAACUGCACGCAGCAGCUCCUUCACUUAAGAUAUUAAAAUAUUUUUGACUGAUACAGUUCAUGAAAGUUUAAUCCCAUCAUUCUGUCUCUUUCAAUCAAGGCGAUUGUAGAGAUUUUUGCAAAAACUGGUUUAAAAUAUCAGUCGGUGUCAGUACUAUUUGUGUUUUUGUGUGGAACCCCAAUAGUGUUUCCUGACAUUUUCACCCCAACUCCAUAUGGCUCAGCUGAGGAGACCAUUGUGUAGUGAAGAGUCUGUGUGGGGAUCGUGCUUGCUUAUGCCAUUUGUUUGUGGUAGGUGUCUGUUGAAUGGAAACCUACCCAAUGUAAUUAUCCCUCUACUUCCUAAAGCACUCAACCAUGACCAUCACCUUUCACCCUGCAUCCUCCCCCUCUAAGAGCCAACAUUUACAUAUGUAAGAGCGCAUCUCCACCCUGUCUUUAGCUCAGGGUUAUCCCUUUACAUAGGGCUCAAAAAAGGGUGCAAAUGGCAAAGAAUACGACAAAAUAAGGAAGGAGGAGAUGAGAUGUGUUUGGAUUGAGGAAGAGCCCUUUGACCUUAAGAGGUGGUGGGAAUCUAACAGACGUUGCACACAUUUUAUACACUCCUGUGCAUGAAAUGUGGAAAGGCAUACACAUCACUACACUCGCAUACAUUUAUUUUACCGUAUAUACUUCUGUGUUAUCUCAAAAUUGUCUGAUUUACAACACAAAAGCUGUUGUGUACUGUAUCUGUCUCUUGACUUCUAAACACCUUUCAGUUUCCUCCGUGAUCCAUGUUUAAGUUCACAAACUGUCCCUCCCCCUAAAACCAUGAAAUAUGAGGGUCUCUGUGAUGAUGUAACAUUUAACAAAGCAGUUAGAGGAGGUUAUACUGCCCCAAAUAAAAGCAGGAAGAGAAGUGAACGUGGAAGAACAUAACUCUCCCUGGAUCCGUUUACAAGACUGCCAGCACCGUAUAAACUUUAGCUGCAAAUUUGACAUCAUUUGGACAGAGAGAUUUACUGUGAUAUACCAGAGAGUUUGUAAUAGUUGGGGGAGACCAGAGUUUGUUUUAAUGACUAUUCCUGGAGCUGGAUGUUACACUUCUUCCCAGAUUAUGUUUUAAGAUACACCAGCGGCUUGGCUUUAAAGAUGGCAAUGUCCCAACAUUUUUUUUUUUAUUGUGGCAAUCCCCAAUUUUUCAUUCUAGCUCUAAUAUAUCAAAGUUUUACUGUGUCAAGAAGAAGAUUUUCUGCAUGCACACGUGCACCUUAAACAAUAUACACUACCUGGGGGGAAAAAAGUCCCCACUUGGAUUUAACUAAGCAAACAGGUAAGAGCCUUCCACUGGAUAAUUACUGCAGUGAAUAAUAUGUUUCAGCUGGCAACAGGUUAUUUAACCCCAACUGAUGCACUCAAUAGCUUAUUUCUUAAAGCACCAUGUAGGAAGACACAUCCCGUGUUCAUGGAAAAGAUGUUAUUCCACAUCUGAAGAGUUAGUUAUUGAUGGGCCGCAUCAAGUGAAGAAAAAAAAAACCUAAGAAAAUCUACUGAAACAAAUAAAACUGAGUUAAUAAUGCUGUCCAUUAAACCUGGAAGGACAUAGUGGUGAAUAAUAGUCAUCUCUGAGAAAUAAAUGCAGUCAGAAACUGGAGGUUCAUUAAACACUUGGUGAAAUAAAAUCAUUGAAAUCAGCAAUAAAACUGUUGAUUGUGUUUAACAGUGAAAUUAAGAACAUUUCCACGCUCACAGUGUAAAAAGAAUUCGAGGGAUUGUGACUAAACAGCUGUGUAGCCUUAAGAAAACCACUUAUCAGUGAGGCUAAUCAAAAUUAAAGGCUUUAGUUUGCUUGGGGAGCAUAAACGCUGGACUCUGGAGCAAUGGUAAAGAAAACACUGUAUGGUCUGAAUCCAGAUUUGCCCUGGUCCAGACCAAUGGAUGCCUCUGGGUAAGAAGAGAAGGGGAUGAAGUGACGUUCCCAUCACGCCUCGUGGCUACCGUACAAGCCAGUAGGGGCAGUCUUAUGAUGUGACCUGAAAUGAGGUCAGAAAAAAAAGACCAGGUUUUUCCAUUUUAAAUGGAGUUUUCUUUUGUAUUCGCUGCUGGCACAGACAUAUUCCAGGAUGAUAAUGCCAGGAUUCGUUCAACUCAAACAAUGAAGAAGUGGUUUAGGGAGCAUUUUCACUCAUGGGUUUGAUACUACAGAUACAGGGAUGUGCUGGAGAAGCCAUUUUUAGCUCCAGUCAGCUCAGUGGACCACUUUAUCUAAAGCAAGUUAAUAUGUUAAAGACUUAACUGGUCUUAAGGGUUAAUUACAAAAACCCACCCUUUUCCAGUUACGUAAGUACACAUGUGAAAACUGUUAGAAGUGAUACAUUUGGCUCAUUGUAUGAUGUCUGAAGCAUCGCCCGCGGGGGUAUUUCUUUUGGGGAAGAAAAAACAAAAAGAACUUUCUUUGUACAAGAACUCUAUGACAAGUUUCAUGAGAAAUUCGAAGCAACAAAAUGUCCACAAACGGAAACAAUACAACUUUGUGUGCUUCCUUAGCAGAAAGAUACAAAGUGGCCCGAACCAGAAAAAAAGAGAGGCCAUCAGAGCCUUACAGGUCCUAAAACUGAUGGCAUGGUACUCUUAAGAACUAGAUUGUAAUAUCUGGGGAGUAGCACACAUUUUAGCAUAGCUGAAAGAAUUAAAAAAUGUAAGAUGAUAAAUUUGAGUAAUGGAGUGCAAUCUGCCCCAGGGCACAGGAGAUUUGGCUGCUUAAAAUAGGCCUCUGAACACUUAUGUAUAGUAAACAAUCCCCAGAUUUCAUAAAUCAUUGUCACUUGUUAGUGUAGAUAAACAUUAACAAUAGAUAGUCUAGAUGGAUCCGUGUUUCUAAGGGACCCAGCAUGUUUAGGCCAUUGUCAGCACAGUGCUUUUCCAAAUCACACGUUAUCAUUCAUUGCAAGUGCGAUUGUGUUCCUUUAGUGAAAAUGACAGCAGAUUCUCUCAGAAAUUGCUGUAUUCAUGUUUCACCAACUCUGUGUGUGUGUCUAAUUGAAGUCCCCAUGCGACAGCAGUCACACUCGCAGGCAAAUUACACAAACACACAAAUCUGCAUGGUGCUCAUUUACCAGAUUAAUUAAUAUUCCAGAAAGGUCACACACAAAUAACUCAAACACACACACAUACCCAGACCCUUCUGAGUACAGCUGACGCCGUUACCCGGCCGGUCUCUUUGAAAUGGAACAUCAUCAUGAACUGAAAGCCACAUCAAGGGCAAUAUUCCUGCCAAUCGCAUUAGCGGCUCUGCUUGGCCGCGCUGUGAGUGGACACUCUCUGAGGAUUGUCUGCAGUUCAUGACCAAGACAGAGAAAGAUGGGGAUGUCAACAGACAAACACGGCUGUAUUAUUAGAGCAGCGGUCAUGUGCCACCCUCUGUGUGCUAGCAGACAAACUGUCGGAGACUUAGAGGAGGCUGGAAUCCCAUCGCGUCUGUCUGGGAAAUCUGGGUAAAUGCUCUCUAAUCCUGUUGAUCCUCCACUAAAGCCAACACUUCCUCACCUGCCUGCCUGCCAUGGGAGAGUAAGUACAGACCAAAAAUAGGAAGGAUAUGAUGAUGAGCAGCGCUCUGAAAUCACAUAAUUUAUCAUUUAAUGUGUUUGCUUUCUCAAAGGCAUUCAGGUUAAAGUAAAACAAACACUCGAACAGGAAUUGCAAGUUUGAAUCCACAGCAGUUGGCAGAGGAUUUUGGAUAUGCGUAGGUGUUAUUGAAAAUGUUUAAAAAGGGUAUUUGUGACACAUGCUCAGAGAGGGAAAAUAAUAAAGGGCAGGGCAAGGUAUAUUGGACAGCAGUUGAUGUCACACCCUGUAGUAUAUUUUUGUUUUGUUUCUUAUUUUACUGUAAAUGGGACCAUAUAUAAAAUGUUCUGCUGUGUGUGAAACUAGUGAGUGAGAAGCAAAAAACUCGGGUGAAUUGUUGGCAUUUCCAAACUUUUUUUUAUCAACUAAAUAUUAUUAUUAUUACUUUAGCGAUAGCGUUGUGUAAAGGUAUUACACUUGUACAGUCCUGCAAAACUAAGUACAUCCCAUUAUUCAGUAACUUGUAAAAACCACCUUUAGCAGCAAUGUUUUCAGGUAAUGUUUUCUAUAUGAUUUCAUCAGUUUCUCAGGUCACUGUGGAGGGACUUAAGCCCUCUUUUCUUUACAGUGUACAUGAGUUCAUCAAGGCUUGCAGACAUUUGUUUAUAUCAGUUUCAAUCAGGUUUAGGUGUGGAUUGCACCACUGCAUCCAUCUCAUAGGUUUUUCUGUUGUAGAUUUGCUGCUGUGCUUGGGAUGACACUCUUGUAUGUCUCUGUUUGGCCCAAGCUUUAGCUGGAGGGCAGAUGGCCUCAAUGACUGCAAAACAAGCCCAGAUCAUCAUAUGUUGUAUAUUGUACCCAGACAUCUCUACUUUGGUCUUAUCAGUCCAAAGGACACUGUUCCAGAAGUGUCGUGGUUUGUUCAGUUGUAACUUUGCAAACUUGAGCUCUGCCACCAAGAGGUCGUCGCCUGGCAACCCUUCCAAAUAAUCUGUCUUUUUCUAAUUAUACUCUCCUGAACGUUAACAUUUAACACACCGAGGCCUGUAGAAUCUGAGAUGUAGCUCUUGACCUUUUUUUGGCAGUUUGUUAAGCAUUGAAUGGUAGGACUAUGGGGUGGAAUUGUGUUAGCACACACUGGAAAGCUUCAGACCAGCAAACUGACAAAGCUUCUGAAGAGUCCUGCAAAAUAAUAACUCUUUUCAUGUGACUACACAUGUUUGUUGACCGAGUGUGCAACCAUUUAAUGAAAACUAUUUUAAUGUUGCCAUUUUAUUUCUUUUUUUAACAGCAGAUCCCUGAGGCAGUUUGUGGUUUAUGUCACUGUAAUGUUGUGUCAGUUUCCAUUUUGUUUCACUUUCUACCUCCUGCUUUAGUGGGACAGUCAUUUUGGGCUUCAUUCAGUAGAGCCAGACUUCUUUUUCCUCCUCUUUUUGUGAAUGGACGAUGCUAUAUAAUUACCUGGGUUGAGCUUUCAGUGUGGUCUGCUCCGUCAGCUCCACACCCACUGAACACACACCCACACACAAAAGGGAUAUACACUUUUAUGCACGCAGCCCACUUAGAGACUAGCCGAGAUUGCUAAUACACACGCGCGCUCCUGCACACAUGCGCACACUUAAAUACAUGCCUCCCCAGCUGGAAGUGCGCAGCUGCUGCUGUUUACCCUGUCGGGACCAGAAAAACAUCCUGUACAGUUCUCCGGGUGAAAACCUCCCCUCACAUAAUAAACACAAGCCCUCGGCACAUUUUGAAGCUCCACUUUGGGUGGUUUCUGUGGCCGUCGAGGCAAAGGUCCCCUCCAGCAGUCUGGCUUGAUGGACAGUUUGCGGUGGCAUUUCACAGCCCUCCAGUCACCAUCAAGAAGGAACCGCAGAGCCCGGGCUCCGACCCCAGCCAGUCUUGUAGCCACAAACCGAGCUUCAGCUACCCCAGUGGAGAGCAGUGCCUUUAUGCCAGUGCCUAUGAGCAGAAAAGGGCAGCAGGAGGAGCAAAGAGCUCCUGCCCAGGGACCCCCAUGUCUCCCAUGCAGCAGCAUUACUCCCCCAAACCUGCCACGGCCGGACGGCCCGAUGCUGGUUACAUGAACCCAGGUGCCACCUCCCAGCCACUUCCCAGCAACAGUUACCCCAUGAACGCCAGUUCCAGGUUUCAGGGACCUUCAGGAGACCCCAUGUGCCCUCAGUUCCCCCAACCAGCGCAGGCCUUUCAGCGCAUGCCAUCUGCCCCAGCUGGCCACUGCACCACUGGUGGAGGUGGGGGUGGCGGUGGGGGCCCAGGGGGCGGAGGGGGUGGCGGUGGUGUUGGCUACCAUCGGCAGCACUCUGACCCCUGCAUGCCUUACCUGCAGCAAAGCUUUAAGCAAGAAUACAUGGACCCGCUGUAUGAGCGGGCAGCCCAUAUGGCGGGGCCGGGUCAUGUGAGUGGACAGGGACACGGGCAUGGACACGGACACAACCAUGGACCACACCAACACCCACAGUUACACUCGCACCCACAUCGGUUCCCACCAGCCCACAUGAUGGUCAAGCAGGAGCCCACAGAUUACACCUAUGAACCAGAUGUGCCUGGAUGUCCCUCUAUUUACCACCACAAUGAGGGCUACCCAAACCCCCAGCAUGGCAAUGAAGGCUAUCUGUUUGAAAAUGACUCCCGUGUGGUUCCAGAGAAGUUCGAAGGUGAGGUGAAGCAGGAAGGGGGUGGUCUUUUCCGUGAGGGUACACCUUACCAGCGCCGUGGCUCUUUGCAGCUCUGGCAGUUCCUGGUGGCCCUUCUGGAUGACCCAGGCAAUGCCCACUUCAUCGCCUGGACAGGCCGCGGCAUGGAAUUCAAACUAAUUGAACCAGAAGAGGUUGCCAGGCUGUGGGGAAUGCAGAAGAACCGUCCAGCCAUGAACUAUGACAAGCUCAGCCGUUCUCUGCGCUACUACUACGAGAAGGGAAUCAUGCAAAAGGUGGCUGGGGAGCGCUACGUUUACAAGUUCGUUUGUGAGCCCGAGGCUCUAAUCUCCCUGGCCUUCCCCGACAAUCAGCGACCCAGCCUGAAGGCUGAGUUCGAGCGCUACGUCAACGAGGAGGACACAGUGCCUCUGUCGCACCUGGACGAGGGGGUGCCUUACACCCCGGAACAAGCCCCUCAAAACAUGGGCCCUCAGCCCUACUCCAAAGGCUACAUGUACUAAAGCCAGCCCCAACACGCCCUCCUUUCUACCCCACCUUCAGAGAUGUUCCCAUUGUACCAACCCACCAUCAUACAUGCCCCACAAAACCCCAUGCACCUCUUGCACAUGCCCACCCCAUCCUCUUGUAUAUAAGGAUAUGGUGUUUUUAUUUUAAAUUAAUCGCAUUAGGGAUUUUUUUUUGGUUUUGUUUUAUUUUUAAGAGCUGUAUUCCUCUCACAUUCGAGGCUUAUUCAAUCCAUAAACCUGACUGUGGUUGAAGAGAUUGCUUAAUAAAUACUCAUAAUAAUAUUCAAA